UCGCGUCUUGGAUUUGGUAGAAGUUUGUAUAAAUACUGUGAAGUUUUUCCUGGUUUAUCUCAAUUUUUAAAAAAAUGGAUGAAAGUUUAUAUCCCGAAGAAGCUUCUUCCGAUUCUUUGAAGAGGAGAGGAAAGCACUGUGCGGCUUUUGGUUGCACGAACAGCUUUUACGGAGCAGACGGCAGGCCUACCGGUUACCAUUUCUUUCGUUUCCCCAUGGACAUCCAGAGAAGAAACCGAUGGUGCAAUUUGAUAAAGCGUAUGCAUGGAAAGGACGGGUUCUUCGUAACAAACAGCACUUAUAUUUGCUCUGAACAUUUCAGAGAAGAACAAAUUGACAAGAAAUUGAGUGGUCGCUGGGAUUUAAAGAAAGGUGCAGAGCCAUCUAAGUUUAGUUGGACUGAACAGAAAAUGCAAAGAAAGCCACCUGCUAAAAGAUCAUAUCCAGAAACAAACACGAAGCAAAAAGAAAUGGCUCAAGAACCGAAAGAAUUAUCUUCAAGUAAAGAAGUUGUAUCUUCUGUUGACAAUGUGUCAGUUUCAUUAUGUUAUGAUUCAACUGAAAAUAUGCCGUCACCAACAGCUGAAUCAGAAAUUUUAACUGAAACACCAACCACAUCAGAUAUUAUUGCUGAUCUACAAAGACGGAUGGAACUACUGCAAAGUGAAUUAGCUGACUGUCAACAAAAACUAAAUGAAGCUGAAAAAAGCAAAUCAGUAUUAUUGGAACGUCAGUUUUCGCUUGAAAAAAUCAAACAAGACACUGAUGCAAUCCUGUUCUAUACUGGAUUUCCCUGCUAUGAAGCACUGAUCAGUUUCUUCAACUUUAUUGAGCCCAAACUUCUUAAGAUGCAGUAUUGGAAGGGGGACAGCAGAUUAGUAAAAGACAGCCAAGACUAUCAAGAGGAUCAAAAUAGAAAGAAACCUGGGCCUUCAAGAAAGCUAUCUUACUUGGAUGAGUUUCUACUAGUACUGAUGAGACUCAAGGCUGGGCUUUUUGUCCAAGACCUUGCUGACAGAUUUGGUAUCAGCAAAGGCCUUGUUUCCAGGCUUAGCUGCAAAAUGUCAAACUCCGAAACCGAUUCUUCAUGUAGUUAUGAUUCUGAUGAUUCCGAGUUUAAUUUUUUGCCUGGAUAYGUGUUGGAAGUGGAAGGUGAACAAGACGCUUCGACAUCAACAAACAAGGAUCUCACCGAAGUUGAUUAUAGCGACACUUUCAUGCCAUAUGCAGAUGAGCCAAUUGCUAACCAGGAAUGGCUUGAUGAAUACGACAAACAGCAAGAUAUUCAAAAAGAAUUCGAACGAAAACUGCAGAGCCGAUACGAUGAAGAAGAUGUGAGUUCGUG